AUGGAAAAAGACCUAAACAGGAAAAUGGGAUACAGACCGGAGUUAACGUUGCUUCUCGUUUUGAUGACAACAGCUUCAUCUAUUGCCCUGAGCAGAGAAGAUUUUACGGAAGCGGUGGCGUAUUUAAGGAAGUAUGGUUAUCUGCACAUGCCACUGGACAGUAAAGGACACAACCAUCUACCUGAGGCAAUAGCUGAAGCCGCGAGAAUCUUUCAGCAAGUGACAAACCUGCCUAUAUCAGGAAAACUAGAUUCAGCCACACUGGCAAUAAUGAACAAACCUCGGUGUGGUGUAGGGGACUCUUUCAAUAACAAAUCUCUCAAUUAUCGAGUUAUGGGUUACUGGCGUAAGAAGAUGCUGACCUACCACAUCUAUAAUUACACUCCUGACUUGGGUCUGGGAAAGACCCGCUUGGCCAUCCAGAAUGCGUUUAAGUACUGGAGUGACGUGUCACCUUUAAGGUUCAGGGAGUUGCAACGGGGAAGAGCAGACAUCAAAAUCUCCUUUCACAGAAAAGAUAAGACAUGUCCAGUUCCCUUCGACGGACGUGGGCGUGUUUUGGCCCACGCUGAUGCCCCCAUGUCAGGCAUUGUGCACUUUGACGGAGACGAACUGUGGACAGAAGGGAAGAGCCACGGCUCCAACCUGAGGAUUGUUGCAGCCCAUGAGAUUGGCCAUGCUCUUGGCCUGGGCCACUCACAGUACUACAAUGCACUCAUGGCACCUGUGUACAACGGAUACCGCUCAGACUUCAAGUUGCAUCCAGAUGACAUACGAGGGAUCCAGGCUUUAUAUGGAAAGCCAGAGAGUACUCUUCCAUCCAAAAAUCCAAGUCAGCCACUGCCAGGAGGAGUUAUUGCAGAUCCUUGCAAGGCCACAUUGGAUGCAGUUAUGCUGGGUCCUUUGCGUAAGACAUAUGUUUUCAGUGGUCAAUACGUGUGGACAGUGUCCAGCUCUGGCUACAACUCUCCCAUUCUGAUCUCUGCACUGUGGAAGGAGCUGCCGGGGAGCCUCAAUGCAGCUGUUCACUCUCAGUGGACUGGCAAGUCCUAUUUUCUGAAAGAAGACAAAGUAUGGAGAUACACAGGCUUCAAACUUGACCACGGCUUCCCCAAACGCUUGUCCAAUAUCCCUGCAAAUAUUGACUCAGCCUUGUACUUCAAUAAGCACAAAAAACUGCUAUUUUUCAAAGGAUCUGGAUACUGGCAGUGGGAUGAAACCGGUCCAACAGACUUCCGUUCCUAUCCCAAACCUAUUGAGCAGCUCUUCCACGGGGCACCCAGCAAUACUGAUGCUGCAUUAACAUGGACAGAUGGUCAUAUAUACAUGUUCAAAGGCACACGGUACUGGCGUUUAAACCAGAACCACCAGGCAGUGGAGAAGGCCUACCCUCUAAGCAUCGCCACACAUUGGAUGCAGUGUGACGACUGAGCCACCAGGCGUCAGCAGGAACUCAACACGAACCUUAUCCUGCACAGUGAUUCAGUGUAAUAACAGUGAGAGAUGCUUAUUUAUUCGGAGUCUGACGAAUGCGUGGAGAAUGUUCAACAUACUGCAUGAAUCCCUUGUGUGAGCAAUGAGAGCA